CGACGUGUUGUUGAAAGCUUAUGGCGGGGGGCUAUCCGGCUAGGUCCUGGCGAUCUCACUGGGAAUUGUUCGGGCGUUUCUGAAGGCCAGUGCCAUCCACAGAUUGCCUCUAAAAUUGAAAGAGCUUCUGAUGUGCUACUCAAGGAUUGUGGGGAGGAAGAAGCUUUGUCUCAAGAAAGCUUGCAAGGCUCCUCUAUUCUCCAAGCGUUGAGCUUUUGUGGGGUUAGUUACAAAGUUUAUAACCUUGAAUUCACUCUUAAAUAUCAUUUAUCUUAA